CCGACAGCCGCCACUUGUUAUGACGUAUAGAACGUGUUCGCCAUAAUGUUAAUAAACGGUCAACAGAAAGCGUCAAUAAAAGAAAUAAAGGGCCGUUUCUGGCGCUUUUGAAAGCGCUUUUAUAGUUGUCGUUUGACAGUCAGGUUACCCCGAAUUAAACCAGUACCCAGCCUCGGAAAACUAACCAGAACUGGCGAAGAAUUGAGCGGAACAUUCAGUGCAAUGGCAACAGCAUCUGCCAGCAUAGAUUCCAAGGCAGAGCUGACCACUCUACUUGAACAGUGGGAGAAAGAACAGCGAGGCAGUGCAGAUGUGCUGGUCAAUAUCCUCACCAAAAUCUCAGAACUUGUUGAGAAGGAGACAGAGGAGUAUCACAAAGCUGACCCGGAUCCGUUUGACGAUCGCCAUCCUGGGAGAGCCGACCCAGAAUGCAUGCUUGGACAUUUGCUGAAGAUCCUUUUCAAGAAUGAUGAGUUCAUGAACAUGCUGGUGAAUAGCUAUGUAAUGGUAAGCAGGGAGUUUUCUCUGAAUGCGGCAGCAUGUCGAUUGCUUCAGAACAUCAUGCCUGGACUGGAGACGGCUGUAGUCUUUCAGGAAAAGGAGGGAAUAGUUGAAAGAUUAUUCAAGUGGGCCCAGGAGGCAGAGCAGCCCCUGAGAAUCUAUGCCACAGGCUUGUUGGCAGGUGCGAUGGAGAAUCAGGACAUUGCAGCCAACUACAGAGAAGAGAACGCUGUUUUGGUGCCUUUAAUGCUGCAUCGGCUGCGAGAGCUUCAAAAUAAAGAUGCAGAAAACAAAAGGGAGCUCAAGCGUCCCAGCCCUAGGAAAUCUUUGAGUGAACCUUUGUUACCGUUAGAUGAGGAAGCCGUAGAUGGUGCCUUUGAAGAGACUCUCUUGACUUCAGGCCAAAACGGGGCAGACAGGGUUGGAACAGGACUAGACGAUAGCGGCCUUUCUAUCCGUCCUAACUCGCCGCACAGGACCAGCAGCCGGUCCAUCUCAGGUGUUGGAACCAUGAUGAAGCCAAUGUCUGCUCCAGGUAAAAUGAUGUACCAAAGCAUAUCUGAUGGCAGCAGCUAUCUGAAAAGGAAGGCUGAGAGGGAAAGUGGCCGACUAUCCAGACAAAAGCUCAACUUCUCUUUGCCUGAGCCAGAGAGAAAUUUCAACGAGCUUUCAAAUAGUAGCUGGUCAGAGAUGAGCCCGUGGGUGAUCGGCAACAACUAUCACUUGUACCCACUGACCCCAGAAUUGGAGCAAAGACUCAUCUUACAGUAUCUGACUCCCCUAGGGGAGUAUCAAGAGCACCUUGCAGUGUUUAUGCAGAUGGGAGCUCGAGACUUGUUGAUGCAUUACAUGGAUUUAAAGCAGACCAAUGACGUUCAGCUGACCUUUGAAGCUCUCAAGUACCUUGCAUCUCUACUUCUGCACAAAAAAUUUGCGUCUGAGUUUGUGGCUCAUGGAGGAGUGGAAAAGUUAUUGGAAAUACCAAGACCCUCUAUGGCUGCCACUGGAGUCUCUUUGUGCCUCUAUUACCUCGCCUAUAAUCAGGAUGCCAUGGAAAGGGUGUGCAUGUUGCCUCACCACAUCCUGUCAGAUGUGGUUGGUUACACACUGUGGCUAUUGGAGUGCUCUCAUGCGUCCGGCUGCUGCCAUGCAACGAUGUUUUUCUCAAUCUCCUUUUCCUUCCGCGCCGUUUUAGAGCUAUUUGAUAAACUGGAUGGGCUGAGACGCCUGGUCAAUCUGAUUAGCACACUGGAGAUCCUGAACCAUGAUGACCAGUCAACGCUGCUGAGUGAUGACGAAAUCUUUUCCAGCCGGCAGACGGCUAAACACACAUGCAUGGCCCUCCGCAGAUACUUUGAGGCUCACUUGGCAAUCAAGGUAGAACAGGUGAAGCAGUCCUUGCAGCGGACUGAAGGGGGAGCCCCCAUCCACUCUCAGCCCUACUACAAGGCGGUCAGUUAUAGUCGCGACCAGGUGGUAGAAAUGAUGGAGUUUCUCAUCGAGUAUGGCCCGCUUCGCCUCUAUUGGGAGCCCGCAGAGGUCUUCCACAAGCUCUCUUGCGUCCAGCUUCUCCUGCAGCUUAUUUCCAUCGCUUGUGAUUGGAGGACCUACUAUGGGAGGAGUGACACAGUUCGGUAUGCUCUUGAUAUUUUGAGUAUCCUCACUGUUGUACCCAAAACCCAGAUGUGCCUGUCUGAGGCCGUUUCCGUGCAUGAUGAGGGAGGCUCUGCUGUCUCCAAUGUUGGGAUGAGCAUUGUUCUGGCGGUCGCAGAAGGAGAGAUAUUUGUCAACGAUGCAGAGAUUCAGAAGUCAGCCCUGCAGGUCGUCAUCAAUUGUGUCUGCGCUCCAGACAAACGGAUGUCCAGCAUUGGCAAAUUCAUCGCUGGCACUCCGCGCCGACGUCUGCCUCAGCUGACGAAAGCCAGCGAGAGUGUUCUUACAAAGAUGUGGAACGUCGUUCAGUCCAACAACGGCAUUAAGGUGCUGCUGUCUCUCCUGACUGUGAAGAUGCCUAUCACUGACGCCGAUCAGAUCCGGGCGCUGGCAUGCAAGGCUCUGGUUGGCUUGUCUCGGUACAGCACGGUUCGGCAGAUCAUCAGCAAGCUCCCGUUAUUCAGCAGCGGGCACAUCCAGCAGCUCAUGAAAGAGCCGGUGCUUCAGGAUAAACGCAGCGAACACGUCAAGUUCUGCAAGUUUGCUGCUGAACUUAUCGAGCGGAUCUCGGGGAAGCCGUUGCUGAUCGGCACCGACGUGUCCCUGGCGUGGCUGCAGAGGGCGAGCGUGGUUGCUCAAUCACGGAUCACCUUCCCCGAAAAGGAACUACUGUUGCUUAUUAGAAACCAUCUCCUCACCAAAGGGCUUCAUGACACGGCCACCACACUCACCAAGGAGGCAGAGCUCCCGAUGGCCUGCAUGUCUCAUGCAUCACAUUCGACACCAGCCUUCCCUUCUGUCUCCUCCACUCCGACCUCCUCCCCCGUCGCCACGCUACCUCGCACUCCACGGUUGACCAAUGGUGUUGGAUCAAGACUCGCUACUCACCCUGCUCACCCUUCACCCUCCACUUCCAGUCCUUCACAGCCCCGGCCAUGUACGUCACAGCUGUCCUGCCCGUCCUCCAGUUUGUCCACUUCCACCGCCCACUGCAGCAGUGGCACCCCGCUCAUUGGCCGGAUUGUUUUCUCCCGCGACCGUCAGGCCAGCUGCAAUACUGUCAACUGCAAGAAGACUCGAGUGCUGAGACAGAAAUCGGACCAUGGAGCAUUCAACCAAACUCCAGCUAUGAAAAAACAAUUUGACAGACACCUUCCGUCUCCUCCGGCGCUGGACGGCAUCAUCACUGAAUACUUGAGAGAACAGCACGCACGUUGUAAGAACCCGGUAGCGACCUGCCCUCCCUUCUCUCUGUUUACACCCCAUCAAUGCCCCGAACCCAAGCAGAGGCGGCAAGCCCCCGUCAACUUUACGUCCCGAAACACGCGCCGGGUAAUCUAUCCGAAAUACGGAGGCGUAGAUGGCGGCUGCUUUGAUAGACAUCUCAUCUUUAGCAGGUUCAGACCCAUAUCCGUGUUUCGAGAAGCCGAUGAGGACGAGAGCGGAUUCAUGUGUUGUGCCUUCUCAGCUCGCGAGCGCUUCCUGAUGCUCGGGACAUGCACGGGACAGCUCAAACUGUACAACGUGUUUACAGGCCAGGAGGAAGCCAGCUACAGCUGCCACAACUCAGCCAUCACUCACCUGGAGCCGUCGCGGGAUGGCUCGCUGCUUUUAACAUCUGCCUCCUGGAGUUACCCCCUGUCAGCCCUGUGGGGCAUGAAGUCUGUCUUCAUUAUGAAGCAUUCCUUCCUUGGUGAUCACCACGUGGAGUUCAGCAAGCUUUCGCAGGAUCGGGUCAUUGGAACCGAGGAGCACAUGGCUCGAAUUUACGACAUCCAGACCGGUCAGGUGACGCUGACUCUCAACAACCCUGACCUCGCCAACAACUACAAAAGAAACUGCGCCACCUUCAACCCCACCGAUGACCUGGUGCUCAACGAUGGCGUGCUGUGGGACGUACGCUCCGCUCAGGCCAUUCACAAGUUCGACAAGUUCAACAUGAACAUCAGCGGCGUGUUCCAUCCCAACGGCCUGGAAGUCAUCAUCAACACGGAAAUUUGGGAUCUGCGGACAUUCCACCUCCUCCACACGGUUCCUGCUUUGGAUCAAUGCAGGAUCGUCUUCAACAACAACGCCACGGUCAUCUAUGGAGCCAUGUUACAAGCUGAUGAUGAAGAUGAGAUGAUGGAGAUGCAGAUGAAACGGCCCUUUGGUUCUUCAUUUAGGACCUUCAAUGCAACUGACUACAAACCAAUAGCCACCAUUGAUGUCAAGAGGAACAUAUUUGACCUUUGCACCGACACCAAAGACUGUUAUCUAGCUGUUAUUGAGAACCAAGACUCAGUCAACACAGACACAAUCUGCAGGCUGUAUGAAGUGGGCAGACAAAGACUGGCGGAGGAAGAGGAGGAGGACGAGGAAGAUCAGGACGACGAUCAGGAGGAAGACGACGACGAUGAGGACGACGAAGAUGAUUCUGACGACGACGUCGACACCGACCCGCUCGUCGCCGAGUUGGACAACGAAAACGGCGGCGAGGAUGAAGAUGAAGAGGAGGAUGACGGUAAUGAAGACUACUCCCCCUCCGAUGAUGAGGUGGCACGGCUUCUUGAAGAUGAUGCUGACGGUGGGGAGGAUGACGACGACGAUGACGAUGAGGAAGACGACAACGACGACGAUGACUCUGACAACGAUGAUGCUGAUCCCGAUGGCGACAAUGACAGCUCAGACAACUCUGACCUGGAGGAUGACAUCAUCCUAUCCCUGAAUCAGUGAGGAGUCGUCCAUCUAUUGAGCUGUUCGACUGUCCCUGCUGAAUGAGAGCAAAGACAAGUGCCAGCAGAAAAGGUGGGAGCAACUCUGAGCACUGCCAGUUUCGAAUCGUCUGCACACAAUUGGACUGAGUGUCGGACCAAGGAGAAGCAAUCUCAGACCUUAAGCACGGUUUCAUGAGCAAAAAUGAUUGUAUGAGAUAUAGUUUUUUACUGAGAGGGUUGCUUUUGCGAAAUACAUUCAAUAAUUUGUAUGAUUCUCAACGUGCUUCUCUUCACUUCCUCCACAUAGGUUUCACAGUCGAAAUGUUGGGCCCUCGGGUCUCUAUCUCAUUCUGAAGCUUCACCAGGUGACCUUGACUGAACCCAAAAAAAAAAAUUCUUAACAUUUCUCUUGGCAGCUACUGGUAGCAACGUCACAAGCUUUAUUGCCUUUAACCCAGUGAUCCAUGCUUGAAACCUUUCUUGUCUACGUCAGAUGGUGCUUCUGAAUGAACCGUCAAACUAGUGCUAAUGUUGAUGCACCUUGGUUGCAUUUAUGAGGAGGUUAUCGCCGAUGUCUUUGUUCCACUCGCGCCAAAAUCCCCUCAUAAAUGGCACUUUUGUUUUGUUUGCUCACACAACAAUAGAAGUGGGAAUCGGAAUGUUGGGAUGUUGAAAAUGAAUUCCACACCCACUCAAAAUUAGUUUCAAAGUUUGCCAGUGUUAAAUGUGAAAAUGAAAUUUCUUUUGGGAAAAAAAAGUUUGAUUUCUCUACAGAUUUUGCCUUCAGCUUUUAUGUUCCUCUUUCAUAAAGUUGAGUUCGAGACAGGUAAUGUACAGUUGUAUGUAUCUAAAGUAUUUUUACUAUAAAUAAAC